AUGCGAAGGGUCAAGUGCUAUGCGUGUGCUGCACGACACAGCAAUAAGAGACCAAAAAAGGGGGUUAAUUUGAAAAUUUCUUUCUAUGAUCGGUUUCCGCGUGAAGCUUAUAAAGUAAAAUCGUUAUUGACUGUCAACGAGACUUCAAAGAGCAAAAAGACAGCGUCUACUGUAGGCGAACUUGAAGCUAAACUAUCUGCAAGGAAAAGUCAUUUCAAUUUUGAGAGAUGGAAGGGACAGUAUUUACUCCUGCUUUAGAAGGAAUGAAACAUGUCAAGUCUGAAGAAGGCGAAAUGCUUUCUAAACCUUUCUUAGAAGUCUGCAAACAGAUAUUACCUGUUAUUGACAAUUUCGGAGCAGCUAUGGCACUUGUCAAAACUGAUGUUGGUGGUAACAUAACAAGGUUAGAGAACAAGUAUCUAUCCAACCCAUCUGAAUUUGAGAAACUAUACAGUAUGGUUCUGGUUGAGGUUGAAGCUAAGAAAGCAGAUGGUUCAUCUAGCUGCACCAAUGGUCUAUUGUGGCUAACUAGAGCAAUGGACUUUAUAGUAGCGUUAUUCCGUAACUUGAUGGAGCACAAGGAUUGGAGCAUGUCACAAGUUUGUUCAGAAGCCUACACUAAGACACUCAAGAAAUACCAUGGCUGGUUAGCCAGUUCAACUUUCACGGUUGCAAUGAAGCUUGCUCCAGAUAGGAAGAAGUUCAUGGAUGUUGUGGGUGGGAAAGGUGACAUCCAUUCUGAUAUUGAAAAAUUUUGUUCAACUUUCACACCUCUUCUUGAAGAGAACCACAAGUUCUUGGCUAGCGUUGGUCUGGAUGAUAUGAAAGCAAAGUAAUGACAGUUGACAGAUAAAGUUGUUUUGUUCUCACUUGUUAAACCUCAUUGAGGAAGAAACUAUGAUAUGCUUUUAUGAAUGUGUACCAUUUUCUCUUAAAGACUUAUAAUCAACAUCUAUAUAAAACGUGUUUGUUUUGUUACUUGACAUAAAAUUGGUGCAACUAUAGAUGCACAGAGUACAAGCCAAUGAGAAUGAUAUUUAUAUUCUCUCUCUCUCUCUCUCUCUCAAUUCUCAACCACCUCUCAUUUACAUCUAAAUUUUGUCCACUAGUUUGAAUUGGUAUAAAUUAAUGUUAAGGUAAUUUUUUAUGCUUCAUGCAUGCAUACGUCGUCCCAAGCUUCUUCCUAUUUUCUUCUCAUUGAUUGUAAUACCCAAUUACAUCUGUUUGUUUUGUUUUGUGGGUUCCCCAGGCACCCUGGUUGUUAUAUCUGAAUCUAUUAUAUUGGUAUUGAGUUGGUUUUUGACAUUUUAUGGGGUCAGCUGACCCCAUCCUGAUAAAAUUGAAGAUCAUAAUUCCUCCAACGAUGGGUAGUAUGAAGGUGAAAGGGCUUCUUAAAGGCCUCAGAUAUAUCUCUCAAGUUUUUGAGGAAGACAAAAAACAAGAAAUACAAAUUGGUGGUCCCACAGAUGUAAAGCAUUUGGCUCAUGUAGGAUGUGAUGGACCAGCACAAGAAUCCCCCAGCUGGAUGAAGGGGUAUGGUACACCUGAUCAAUUCGCAUCAUCCGACCUAAGUGAUGGCCCUGAAUGGGUUUCUGAAGAUUCAGGGCAAAAGGUGUCUCGAAGAGACAAGAUAAAAGCAAGACAUCGCCGGCAUCGAUCAGUGGAAAAUAUGAACUCGGAGAGCAAAGAGUCAACCAAAGCAAGGCAGCCCAGAAGACACCACACACGGGGUGCGGAAGGCCGACGUGCCCGGGAUGAGGCAUUGCCUGAAGUCCCAAAAAGGACCCGGAAAAAGAAACCAAAGGAUGGGUCAGGUGAUGAGGCAUCAAAUGUAUCAAAGUCUAAAGCACCAGACGACAUCACCGAUCAAGAAUAACAACAUAACAAAUUACCCAACUAUGAUGUAUUUUGAUGUUGGUUACUGGUAUCUUAGAUUUGUACAAAAUUAAUUAACUUCUGUAUAUUUUCUAAUUUGGUCGUUUAAUUUUCAAAAUCACUUCUAAACAACUAUAUAAUUAAUAUUGUGACAAACUAUAAUUACAUUCUUGCCAUUACAAUUUUCAAGUCAG